AUGAAGAGUAACGGCACAUCGCGGAUCGACCUCAAUGAAGGCAUCUCCAAGUAAGUCGCUUUCACUCUUAUUGGCUUCUUCUGUGGUGUGUUUGACCCCUAAUCCUUUGCUUCUGAACCCACCCUCUCUUUUCUAACGCUUAUAAAACUUCAAAAGACAUGUCGAUAACAAAGGGCCGAGGGGGAAUUGUACUGGCCAGUCUUUCAAUUUAUAAUCAGCUUUGAUCGCCACGGACUGAUUUUCGCAAGUAUUCUGCAUUCUCUGUCAUCGCUGCAGUACCCUCACUCUUUGCUCGGAGUAAAUUAGAGAAACCUAAUUCGUAGGCGGUUGUUUGGGGUUUGCGCGGGAUUACAAAAGAGCGGACGGGUGCAGAAAGGGAGAAACUGUGGCUUGCCGUGCUUUCGCAAGAGAGGGAUCAUGAUAACCUAGUUGGAAUUACAGAACAAAAAGUUUUGAUUCAUCGAGGCGAAGGUACUUUUGCGAAAAGAAGAGGGAUCAAUAGCCAGCUCCUGAGGGACACCCUAUAGGCAGUCAAGUAGUUUCGCGAAAGCAAUCAUGCAGUGAAGAGGAAUCAAUCCCCUGCCAGUCGUUUCAUAAUUAAUAGAUCUGGAAAAUAAAUGCUGAUUUGAAUACUAAUUAGUAGGGCAGAGCUUCCGGAAACUUCUCCACGCGAUCGGUAAGGAACCCCAUCCUAAAUUGACAGUCGUAAACUGCGUAGGGUUCCAUUAUGAAUCAUAAUUUUUGAAUGAGAAUCCGUCAGUUUUCACAGAGGUCAUCGAAUUUAAGAUAUGAAUAGUACUUUGUAAAUGUAUAUGAGCAGGACCAAAAAAUUCGUGUAUAAAGAGCAGGACCAAAAAAUGCGUAAUCGCUCCCCUAACUUCAGGUAUUACGCUAAACCCAAGGUCGAUAAGAAUUUUUUGAAAAGCGUUUCCAUUAGCUGUUAUCAGAGGCCACUCGGACGCCACCUCAUCAAAGAUUUCGCUCUUAUUCUGCCUGCAUGACAUGUAUUUUAUAAUUUUAAAUUGCCCAUCAGAAUUUCUUAGCGUCUAUAGGUCAUAGCGCAACAGUUCUUUCUUCCAAUAUUUUUGUUUUUAUCCCGUUGUUUUUGGUCAGCUUAUAUUUUUCAGUGGAUUUGCACCCGGGAGAAGUCCUCAAGGUGGGCCUUCCUACUACUACAGCUCUCAGCCAACACUGGUGCAUGCCUCAAACAGAUCUUUAAAUCAACCUCCUCCACCAGUGAUACAGCCUGUUCAUCAUACAGCUUCAGCGGCCUCCAGUCCGGCUCAACCUGUGUCGCAUACAUAUCGAACAGUAACCACCACAAAAGUGGAUCCCCCACAUCGAUCCGGCACAUUGCCGGCAAACCCGAUAACAAGGAGAACACCAUCUCUUCCAGCGCAAGGAAUGGAGCCGCCUUCGUAUUAUGUCGAACAUCUCGCCUCGUUUGCCGUAGGGCGCGAACACGGGCUUGUCAGCACAACCGAUGGAAUCAAGAAACUCAAAGAAAUGGAACAGAAAAGUGCUGUCUUUGCACAGCCUAUGAUCUUGAAGUUGUAUCCUGACAGGAUUAGUGUGGAAGAAGAAAACGGCGAAGUAGUUGAGCAGUUCAACAUGGAGCUUGUCACAGAACCAACAGCGCAUCAAUCAAAUGACCCUCAUGACGUCUUCAAUAACGUUAUUCUGUUCACAGUUAAAGAAGACACUAGGAAUGGAAGACGGUCGUUUGUACCCACAGAAAUGCACAUCUUUCAGGUUAGCUUUAAUAACGCGCCUUUUCACUAUUCAUGAAUUUAACUUUAGUGUGUCCGAGUGUCGGCACAAGAUUUGGCAAGCGAUAUUUAUCAAUACAUGAGAAAAAAUUACCACAAAGUAAGAGGUGGUAGAAGAGGGGGUGAGUAUGGCCACACGAUACCUCCUCCAGCACCGUCGAGUUACUACGACGGACAUACUUCAAGAAGAGAUUAUCGAGACGAAGCGGGUGGUGGAGGGAGCGAUUACUUUGAGGUGGAUGUAGUAAGUAGAUCACAAAAAGCCGCCAAAACGAUUAUUUAGAACACGUUGAACAAGUGCUUUGAUGACAUUGAAAGAUUUGUGGCCCGAAUCCAGUCAGCUGCCAUUGCGCAACGAGAAUUAGAGUUAUACAAUCAUCGAUUUAGAAGUAAUCAAAGGAAACAUAGAGCGCACGACGCCGCCCUUGCAGCACAGCAUGGAAUAUUACAAAUGAGAGCUCAAUUACCAACUUAUCAAGAAUUUUACGACGUUUUCCAAAAAUUCAAGCUCAGUUUUAAUUUACUUGUAAGUAAUUGAUCGAAUUAUUAUAACUGCUUCAGGCCAAACUGAAAAACCAUAUCAGGGAGCCCAAUGCGCCCGAGUUGUUACAUUUCCUUUUCACUCCCCUGACUGUCAUUCUCGAUGCAUGUCAUUGGGGAUUAAACCGCAACGUCGCCCAAGAAGUGAUCAGCCCCUUACUAACAUACGACGCGUGCGACUUGUUAAGAAAUUGUCUGAUAUCUAAGGAGCAAGAAGUCUGGGCAGCGCUUGGGAAAGCAUGGAGAACACCUCCGUAAGUGGAAAAGAGUAUGAAUAUCAACCUUCCUGAUUUCAGAGAAGACUGGACGGGGCCUCCUGUCCCUCCGUUCCGCCCGAUAUUCAACACUCCUAACUUUUUUGGAACCUUCGAACCCCCGUCUAGGUAUACUGGAGCACCUAAUGCAAUCCACAGAGGAGCUUCUGCGCCCCCACCACAGCAACACUUUGCCCCACCUUACAGGGGCCCGCCACAUCGAGAAAGAUCAGUUGACAAUGUAAGAAAACACUUAGAUGUAGUAAGUUGCUUUUUAGAUCGACCUCGAAAAAGUUAAUUUGGAGAAAGAACGACUGGAAUUUGAAAGGAUGAAGGUUAGAGAAAGAGAAGCCAGACUGCAAGAAGAGGAAAGGAGAUUAAAGUAAGUAUACCAAAGUGCAAAACUGUUCCAUCGAUCUUAAUAAUAUAAGGAUGGUGACAUACAAAUUACAUCGGGUUUCGUGGCCAGAAACCGCUAUUUUUUGCCUGUUAGGCUUCUAGAAAAGAAGCAGAGAAAAAAAGAAAAAAAUCUUCGCGCGGAGAGAGCAGAAAUUUGCGCACUAUUGCGCAAUGUUACGCAAUUUGAGAGAAGAAUUACGCAUUUCUUGACUAGAAGCCUAACAGACAAGAAAUGGCGGUUUCUGGCCACGAAACUUGUAUGUCAAUUCUGUGUUUUCAGACAAGAACAAGCACGACUGGAAGCAGAAAGGCGCUUGCUGCAUAAAGAAGCUGAAAAGCAGUCUAUGGCAGGUUCGGAUAGGCCCGACUUUUACCGAAGAGACGAGUAAGCAUACACAAUAGUCAGGCCGAUUAAUAACGCUUCCAGAUAUUCUUCUCAUUCGCCGCGAGCAGAUAGACGCACUGCCAGUGUCCAGCAAUUAAAUGGUCAUACAAGUCCAGCUUCUCCCCGGCCAAAUAUCCCAAUUCCAAUACCAGAUCAGAGCCCGAGACAGAAAGCUUAUUUGGAUGGCUUAAUCCAAAGGAGAGCGAAGGUGGUACAAGUGACGUACGACCGAGUAGCACAGAAUGCUAAGGAACUUACAGUUGACCGUGGAGAAUACCUUCAGGUAAUUUUACCAGAAAUAUUCACAUACGGUCCUAAUUACAGGUUUUGAAUGAUACAAAGAAUUGGUGGGAGUGUAAGAAUGCGAGCGAUAAGGUUGGAUACGUCCCUCAUACCAUCCUGGCAUUGGUAACAGUCGACGAAACCGAGGUAAGAAAGAGGUCUUAAGGAAGAUUAAACUCGAUUAAGGAUCGAAUCCAAGGUCUCCCUCAACACAAUCCUUCUGCACUUCAACCUGGAUCUGCCAUAAGUCCUAGACCAGGUAUGAUGAUAUCGGAAGAUACUCCCGAAUAUAUAAAACAACGCCAAGGAAAGCGCGGAGAAUUCCGUUACUUCUGACAUGCCCGUUUCCCCCGAAUUUCCCGUGGCUUCAUCCACUGCCAAAUAACCGGGUGUAUUUAUACUUUGUUUAAAUUAUCCGUCCUUGUCAUUUAUCCUGUUCCAUUUGCUCACUUGAAUUUAUCCUUGUCUGACCGCUUACUUCCUCUCGGGGGUAGCGAUUACAGAUAAACGCUCAAAGAUUUAUGAAUCUACGCUAAGAUUUCUAUUAUAUCCCUUGCAUGUAAGCUAUUUCGGUAUUCAUUCUCAAGUAUCCAUUGUGCCAGUCCAUUUUAACUUGGUGGUCGACUCUCGACGACUCUUUGCCUCAUAAUUGCCCUUGUGUUUUCCCUAUGUGAUAUGUGAAAACGGUAAAACAAUGAUUCAACUGUCCUGGUCGUUUCGAGUAAUAUCCCAAAUGAUGUUGUAGGUUAUCAAAUGAGUGAGCCUUCGUCCAUUCGGUCGUAUGACCAUUCGUUACUUGAUCGCUUACACUCAGUAAAACUAAGGCCAAUAUUAGUAAGUCAUCACACCUGAAUUCACACAUUAAAGGACGAACUAACGCCUUCUGAACCCGGUAGCUUCGAUGGCAGGCCGUCACAAAGACUACCAAAAUUAAUAAUGGAAGAACAAAGUAAGCCGAAUAAUACGAAUAGCGUCCUAUUACAGAAUACGUCCCUGAAAUGGUGGCAACAAUCAAGAGCAAUGCUCCCAUCAUUGGAUUACGGAGAGCUUCUUCAAUUAGAGGCCCCCAAUUAACACCAAACAGUGCGAUAAGUGAAGUGCAAUCGUGGUUAACGGCUAAAGACUUUAGCGAUUAUACCAAAAAGGUUCUCAGUAAAUGUCAGGGGUUACAUCUUUUCCAAUUGACAAAAGAAUUACUUUUUAAAUACUGCGGAGAAGAAGGAAAUCGUCUAUUCAGUCUUAUUCUUGCCCAGAAAAAAAGGUGUAACGUAAGAAAACUCAGACAUCUUAUCAAUUACAUUUUAGUAUAAAAGUACAAGAGGAGACCAACUUAAAGCAUUGCUAGAGAUGAGAAAAGAACAUGUCGACGAGAACAACGAAGCCGAAAUGGAACCUAAUUUAGAUCCGCCGGAGAUUUUGGACGAGAAUGGAAACAACAUAAACAAGCAGAACAACACACUUACUCCACGAGAAGCCCAUAAGUCAUAUCCGCAUCGUAUCGUCCCUAUCAAUCCGUAUAAAGACAUCCCGCCUGAAAAUCGGGCCGUCGAGUUUCUACGAGACAAUUCGCACACUGUCCGUGCAUAUCAUUAA